ACAUAAACGAAUAACACUGCGAUAAUGUUAAGAACCAGGAGACGAAUGAUUGAGGAACACAUAUUGUAUUAUAAUAAAAUGUCUUAUGAGGAAUACGCCACGAGUAUGUUCUUAGAACAAUGUUCAAAGAACACUGGUCCUCAGGGCGUCCCCUGUGCGCUGUGCCCACCGGAAGAUCAUCAUUUUAGGCACGAGUGCGAGUGUCUGCCACCGAGCACGCGACAAAUCAGAACUUGUGUUAAGCUUCGGUCACCAUGGCGUUGUCGCUAUUCUCGUGAAUAUACUAUCGAACAGACGAACCUGAAUAAAAAAAAAAAACUUUGCAAGCGGCACACUCUUUUCGCAUUCGAGGAACUUGUAAAAUUGCACAUACGUCCUAACUGGCUCCUGAAAAAUUUAAGAUUCAUAAGCAAAACCCAUAUGGAAGUUGCAAUAGACGAAAGAGCGAGAAGAAGAACAUGUGGAUAUGUUCUCUGUUCGGAACGACUGACUACUGUUCACCCUCAACUUGCACAUGACGAAGAAGACAGCGGACAGAGACAGUUCUGCAGUUUAUUUUGCCGCAAAGCGGCCAAUUUUCUUCUUAAACAAAUGUUUAAGACAAUCUGGUGGAGAGAUGAUGGAGAUAUACCAGUCUUUAAAAUUUUGCCACGCAUUAGUAAGUAUACAGAAACGUGCGAUUUUAAAAAUUGUGCAUCGCGAUGCAAUCUUCCUUAAAAAUCGCAGUGAACGCCA